GUUGAAAUGCAUACCACAUUUCUGCUCGUGUGUAUCUUCAUUUCCAUGAAUCUACUUUGCACCGUCGAACCUGCCAGUGAGAAGGAGAAGGCUGAACUGCAAAAAAUCAAAUCUUCACCUGAAUUCCAGAAGGCCAGAGCCAAAGUUAUGGAAGCGUUGUCAGGCAAAAUCGACAGCUACGUUCUGGACACUCUGCGUAAGAAGAAAGCAUCAGCUGGAGGAAAGUGAUACAGCAUCCGAUAAACUC